AAAAACUGAGAACACAAGAGGCGUAGGCGUGUUUGUUGUAUCGUAGACAUUGGCAUGCAAUGCAACUACGCGAUGAAGGGAAGCAGAACAACGAUGGAGAGUGAGAACUUACCGAUUCUGAGAAUUCGUGUCGUCAAAUUCCUUAUUCAAUCUGCUCAUGAUCUCGAAGUGGCUCCGAUCGUCAAAUACUCCGCGUUGUCACUUUUCGCUGAUAGAUUCUACCCAUCGCUUUCUGGAAUCACCAGCAGCAAUGCCUCAAGAAAUUGGCUUCUGCAACCAAUCACAGAGAGCAAUUUGCAGUUAUUUGCACUUGUUUCCUUAUGGAUAUCUAGCAAAUUGCACACUUCUCAUCCUCUUUCUAUAAAACUUCUGAAAUCUUUUGGGGAUAAGAUGAUUAAGGAACAACAUUUCAUGACCCGGGAUUUAUUGGAUGCAGAGGUCAUAUUCAUGCAGAUAUUGAAGUUUGAGAUUGGAACUGCUAAUAUCACUUUUGUAUUUCUUGAGGAACUUCUUAUUCAAUUCAAGGAAGUGGCGAAAGUUGGGGAGCUUGUGAACUGGGAAGCAUGCAUGGAUGUAAUGGAUCUUCUUUAUGAAAAAGAGGAGACAUCUGUGUCUUACAGUUCUCCUUGUUCUUUAGCUGCUGCCAUCUUGGUUGCUUCAUAUCUCAUCACUGUUCCAGUGCAAGAAUGGGAAUUUCCAGUUCUUCCCUGGGUCCAGUUCGUAAUGCCAUUCAUAGAAGAAGAUAUUGUGGAAGAAGUGAGAGGCAUUCUACUUCACGUUUUAGAGACUGAUACUCCGAUUGCUAGAAAAGUAGCAAGGGCUUGAAAACAGAGCAGCUCUUAAUCAUGAGAAGGCUUCUCUCCCAUUGAUUUGAACCAUGAGUGAGUAUGAAUAUGAAGACUCAAAAUUUUCCAAUUGUUGAAGCAUUUGGAAGAUAGUGAACUCCUGGGUGGUCGGCGCCAUCAGGUGGUCGGGUGGGCUGAGCGUGUGGUGGUGUCGCUUCCUCACCGGCCUCACCGCUGCCCUUCCUUCUCUUGACACUUCACAAUCACGUCAAAAGGAAGAAGAAGAAGAAGAAGGUUACAUGAAGCAGAAGGGAAGAAGAGUUGGGCAUUGGAUGAUCAGGUUCCAAGGGAUGCUGCAAUGCCCAAAACUCCAUCUUCUCCAUUUCACCCUCCUAAUGCACAAACUCUUUUGGCUUGGAGAGUCAAAAUAAAGCGAAAAGACAUGUCGACUAGAAUAUGAGUUGGGUAA